CGCUGGGUUCAGUGCAGGCGCACUCGUGUGAAUGGGGCGGCUCGGGGGUCUGGCUGAGCCCUCCGGUUACCUACUAAAUAACAGAAGAAAUACAACCCGUGCUCGUCCCUUUCCGAGCAGCCUGAAUCCCGGGCAUUACUUCCAGCGAAGCCCCAGGCGGGCACCAGAUCCUGCAGCCGGAGGUGCACGCGUCUGUGCUGCCCGUCCCCGGCUGUCAGCAUGAGCGCCGCGCCGCCCGUUUUCCUGGGCUCCGAGGUGGUGGAGAAGCACUUGCACCGCGCCAGCCUCCUGAUCCCUUCGCUGGAAGCUGCUCUAGCCAAUUUCUCCAGCGGCCCGGAGGGAGGCGUCGUCAUGCCGGUGCAGAAGUAUAACGGUUUUUUAGGGGUCAUGCCUGCUUACAGUGCAGUGGAUGAUGCUCUAACAACUAAACUAGUGACCUUCUAUGAACGCAAAAAGGAUUCUUCUGUACACUCUCACCAAGCAACUGUAUUACUCUUUGACCCAAGAAAUGGCUCCUUAAAAGUUGUCAUGGAUGGCAGUGUUAUUACAGCAAAAAGAACUGCUGCAGUUUCUGCGAUAGCUACAAAGUUUUUAAUGCCAGCUGAUGCAGAAGUGCUGUGCAUCCUAGGAGCUGGUGUUCAAGCCUAUAGCCAUUAUGAGAUCUUCACAGAGCUGUUCUCAUUUAAAGAGGUCAGGAUAUGGAAUCGCACCAAGGAGAAUGCUGUGAAGUUUGCUCACUCAGUCAAGGGUCCAGUGCAGGUUUGCUCCUCUGCUCAGGAGGCUGUCACCAGAGCUGAUGUGAUUAUAACAGUCACCAUGGCAACAACACCAAUUUUAUUUGGAGAGUGGGUAAAAUCAGGUGCCCAUAUCAAUGCUGUUGGGGCAAGCAGACCAGACUGGAGAGAGCUGGAUGAUGACAUGAUGAAGAAUUCUGUCCUGUAUGUAGAUUCUCGAGAGGCUGCUCUGAAUGAAUCAGGAGAUGUUAUAUUAUCAAGGGCAGAGAUAUUUGCUGAGCUGGGAGAGGUAGUGAAAGGAACAAAACCAGCCUUGCCUGAAAAAACAACAGUGUUCAAAUCACUGGGGAUGGCAAUUGAAGACACUGUGGCAGCAAAAUUAGUUUAUGAUUCCUGGUCAGCUGGUAACUAAAAUGAAGAGCCUGCACUAUUAAGAAGGACAGAACAAUAUAGAAAAAGUAGUUCACACUUAGUUUUCUUGUGCCAUUUCUUUAUAAGAAAAGGAAAUUAUUCCUGAGGAAGUAGAGUUCUUUAUAACUUUUAAUAUUAAAAUUACAACAUAUUUAAUUUUAUUCUUUAAUAUCAGUUAUCUAAUGUUUGUAAAGUUACUAACAAAAGUAUUUCUGUGCAUUUUAACAUCCUGUGGAAGAACACACUUUGCGCCCUAAUGUAACAUAAUCAGCAGAAAAACUGUGUAUAGAUUUCAUAUCUGUGAAGAGCUAAUCAGUACUGUGGUAAAAUACACUAGUGUGGAGACUGCAGAUUAAAUCUGGUGCCCUAUCACUAAGCAUAGCUAUCUCACUUCAGAUCCCAGUGGAACAUGUUCUCUGCAAGACGAAAGCACCAUCAUUCAUAAAUCUUCCCAUUCAUUCUCUAGAGCAGGGCUACUCAACUUUGGAAGUCCUGGGGUCCACAAUGAUACUCAUGCCGAGUGCCACAACGUAAGUGUGGUUGCAUAUGCAAAUAUAUAUGCAAAUAGCUUUUUACACAGUGCCCCAGCACCUUCUCCCUGGGAGCUAGAAACACCAAUGCCCUGUACCUAUCUGUUCUAGCCAGUCCUUCUGCUUGUGUCUUUCAAUGCUCACCCCUCCUGAGAGACACCUCGCUGUUGUGGAGCAUGUUCCCAGUAGAGGCCAUGUUCAAAGGAUCCCACCCAUGGGCUGCGUGUUGAGCCCUGCAUAAACCCAAACUGCACUGUGGUCCGUAAGUAAAUGGCCUGCAGGCCACAUGCAGCUCGCAGGCUGUGUGUUGAGUAGCUCUUCUCUAGAGAGACCUGAAUCUGGAAUGCUAGAAAUGUUGUAGGUUACAGUUAGAGUGUGUUCAUGAAAAAGGAUAAGUAGUUAAUUAAUAUUCAGUGUCUUGCUAUGCUAGGACUUAGUAUUAUCAGUAUAAACCAUUUUUUCUUUAAAAAAUAAAUAGAACAUGUGCAAUAUUGUUUAUUGGGAGAUUUCCUGAUUUUUCUACUAAGGCUUUCUUAGGUUAGAGCCAUGCUGACUUAUUCCAGCAGGUUAAACUUGCCAGAGGUAAGACAAACCUUUUCAGUGGUGAAGUUUGUGUCUUGAGUAGGUGAAUGGACUGAUAAUCAUGCUUUUAGCCAUAUGAACUUUGUUUUAAAGGAGCCUGUGUGAUCCUUUCUUGGAAGGGAACCUACUCUGUUAACAACCCAACCAUUUACAUCUGUAAAAAGGUGGCUCUUGCCUUAGGAAAUGAGCUCCUACCUUGGGCUGCAUUUGUGUCUUAUAAAAUUGCUUGUCUCUACCUUUUAUACCCUGUGGGUCAUUAAAAAUGUCUUCAUUCCAUGGGAAUGUAGAAGCACAGUAAUUUGUAAUGCUGCUAGUAUAGUAUAGGGAAGCAGUCAGAGGUAGUACAGUAGAAUUUAUUGUUAAAUCUUUAGGUGGUGCAUGAGGAAAUUUAUAAAGAGAAUAAUGGGCAAAAGUCACAGAUACAUAAUUUGUGUGCAAGUUACAAGCCUUAUUUAAACCAGUGAGAAAAAGGGAGUAAAUUGGAUAGGAGUCUAAUUUGUAUAGAUUCAGAGUUGAUGUGUAACCAAUACCUAUGUCUUUUGGGUCAAACAAUGCUCUCAUUUACAUGGGUGCAAAAUCCAUAUGAACUCUAAUAAAAUAGUUCUUGGUCAUUUUUCACUUGGGUAUUAUGUUAAAUAGUUGCCAAAAUGUGAUCAUUAUCAAGAUACUGCUAUCAGAUGGUUCACUUUCUGACUCCAUAUCUCAGUAUUUUCUAUUAGCAUUUCCAAUACUAGACUCAGAGGACCAUUUAAUUGUAGCAUAAUUGCAGCACGUUCAGAGGGGAUUUCCAAAGGCGCCUAGGAACAUUAAAUGCCCAGUCCCACUGAAGUUCAGUGGGAGUUGAAUACACUUUGCUCCCUUAGAUCAAAGCUGGAAUUGUGAAAGGAUGCUAUCUAUUUUUCUACUUUCACAAAUCCCAGUGGCACAAUCUCAGGAUGUGUGUCAUGUGCAACUGAUGUGUAAGUUAAAAUGAAGGGGAAAUUUUCCUUUUUUAGUAAUCUUUCCCUUUAUUCAUUAUUUGUGUUAAUUUUUUUUUAGAAAAUUAAAAACACUUUUUUCUACUUUAAAUUGUGCUGCAUUUUUCUGCAAUUUUUAGCACUGCAUUAUCAACAUGUCUGUCCCUUCUAGUAAAUUACUUGAUGAGAGAAAAGAAAACAAGCCAGCUCUGCAUCACUCUUGAGACUGGACUUUCCAGUCUCUGGUAAUGCUGCACAUUUUGUAUUCACUGUGCUGCCUGUCCAGUUUAAACUGUAAGCUCUGUGGGAAAAGAGCCACUGCUUCCAUAUGCUGUACAGGGCUGAGCACACCAGUGGGACUCAACACAUAAUUGCAUGGGCAUAUAGUUGACUGGAUUUUUUUACCCACAGUGUAUGAAGCUCUGCCUGGUGAAAGGCACUGCAUAAUUAUGUCACUAUUACUAAUGGGUUGAAUUUUGGGUCAACUAUAGAGACCUGUGAAUGGGCAGAAGGUUUUUUUAAACAAGGAAACCUGCUCAUGACAGAGCUUUGGGAAAUGGCACUGCAGAUUCUAUACAUGAAGAGCUAAAAUACUCCAAAUUAUAGCAUAUUAACAAGUGGCCAGAGGGCUGUCCUACAUUAGGAGCCGCUUAUCAAAGGUGUCAUUCUUCAAAGGAAUUGCUUCAAGAAAAGGGUUUAUUUAGUAUUUAAAACAAAGGAACUUUUAUCAUGUGCUGUAAGCCCCCUCAUAGGAUUUUGCUGUCUGUGCUGUUAUUAGGUGUUGCUGAUCCUCAAAGGUGGUAGCAAUAAAGCAUAUUUACGGGUGGAAACAUAAAGGGUCGGGCUUUUUAUGUGCCUAAAGAUGCAAUCAAAACAGGCAACAAAUCAGCAUAGAUUUAUUGCUGUCUGGUAGGGGUAGCUAUGUAGUAGUACCAUCUUUAGGCCAUGGGGCAAAGUUGAACCAACUCCAGCUUGUGAAUAAGUGUGGCUGGAAUCAAUGUACCUACUUUAAAUUUCCGCAGCUUUCCCGUUGCAAGGAGGUCGAUGGGAGAAACUCUCCUGUCAUCAUCUUUUUGUCCUUGCGACCCAGUGGACAUCAGAGUCAGAGGGGACAUGAUUAGAGGUCAGUUUAGUUUUUCUAGACCCUCUGAAUCCAACCUCCAGGAGAACAAGCUCCACAGCUCCGAUCUCUCAGUAAGUGGAGACAAGGCCUAUGUGAUUUCACAGCUAGGCUGAUGAUGUGAUGAGAGUCCUAAAUAAACAUCAGCCACAUGUGUGGGGUACCAGGAAUAAGGGAAGAUUGCAAAUUGUAACUGGAUUCCAGCCCCCUGGAAAAGUCAGUGCAGGUAGAGGUUUAGCAGGUAAAUAAGAAAAGGGAGGUAUUCAUGGGCUCAGUCCAGCAGUUUAUACUCAGGCAAAAUCCGUUGAGUUUUUAAAUCAAUUUGCCUGACUCAGAAUGACAGGAUUUGUCCCUUUGAGUCUUUUGGCAAAUAGCCCAGCUAGGACACCCUCCAGCACAUAAAUAUUUUCAAGAUCUGAUUUCUUUGUUAAACGUUCAGUCAAUUACCUAAAUGGGUUUUUUAUGUGGGGGAAAAAAAAUGCUGUCUGGUUUAAUUAACGUGCUAAGCACUGCAGCAAUUGUAAGUUGCACAGAAUAAAACUCCAGAAAACCUGCCGAGUAGAAGUGUUGACACAUCGGUACAUUGCCUUCCACAGAGGAAAAUGAAUAGUGUUAAGUGUGGUUGAGGCAAGGAGAUAGGUUGUUGAAGAGGAGGAGGAAGCAGAAAGAGAGGAUCAUGAAAUGUGUUAAAAAGAUUAAAAACUAGUGUCCAGUGUCUGCAAAGGCAAUGUCAGAAAAGAAGUAGAUACAUUCAUGGAGGGUAGAUCCAACAGUGACUAUUAGUCAAGAUGACCAGGGAUGUAACUGCCUGCUGAAAGCUGGGACUAGAUGACAGGCUGUGGGCUAUCUGAUCCUUGCCCUGUUCUGUUCAUUCCCUGUGAAGCAUCUGGCACUAGCCACUAUCCAAGGGCAGGAUACUGAGCAAGAUGGACCACUGGUCUUAGCCAGUGUUGCUGUGUGACGCUACGCCCUCAUAUUUUUGCAGAAAUAUGUUUUUGAAUAUGAAUGUGCGUAGCUCAGAAAUGCUUUAUGCAAAAUGUGGCAUGUAACCUCUCGUUGAAAAGCUUGUAAUCCACUGAAUGUGUGUAUUCAAUUUGUCGGCAUGUAUCGGUUUUGUAUGUGAACUUAGAAAUAUGAAGGGUAAACCUGCUUAUUAAUCUAGGUCUUCUAAUGAAAGCUGGUACUUCAGGAACUUAAUGGCCUGGUGCUCAAGACAACAAGCUGUAAAUAGUUUUGUUUUUCCUGUAAACCCAAACUGUGGUUGGUCCUGUGAAGACAUGUGACCAUGCCACCUGGUUCAGGAAUCCAUCUUCAAUUUUGUACUCUUCCAGAGUGAGGGGAAAUAGGACAAAGGAUUCCCGCCCUGAGGAAGUUCUAUUUAAGGGAGAGGAAGCAAAGAGUAAGGGUCUUCAGCUGGCUUUGAAACUGCCUCCCCACCC